AAGUCAAAUUUGCGAUGUUGUAAGGCGUUUCAAGCUGUUAUGUAAAAAUAACCCUGAUAAGUCGGAAGCUGUGGCCGCCAUCGAGGUUCUUGCACACCUUCUCAAAUGUCCAGAUGUAACAACAGUUCAAGGGCUAUACGAUGUAAUGAAUGAUGCUAUUGGACGCAUGUGGGAAGAAGGUGUUAGCAAUCUCUCUGUAAUAUCGGCUUGCGAACUGUUCCAGCGCUUCAUUACUUUGGCAACAUUAGACACUGUUGGCUUUGACGAAUGCAAGAAAGUGCUUUCAGAAAGGGCUCAAAUCUUUAUUCGGAAGGUUCAUCUGAACAUUGAAUAAAACAUGGAUCUUUUGGGUUGCUACUUUACCAUGGUUAUUAAAGUGAAUCUGUAUGACAAGUCCACUCAAAGUAGGUUGGAUCAUGCAGACAACAAAUAGCAGAGAAUUUCCUGAAUUACAUUCCUAAUGGUUCAGUAGUAUUUUUGCACUCUUACUCUCGAGUUGUUCUUGCCGCUCUGUCUUAUGCAGCAUCUGCUCAAAAGUGUCUUCAUUGUUAUGUAACAACGUGUGCACCUAGUGGAUUGGGCGCAAAAAUGACGAAGGCCUUGGCCAAGCUGAAAAUUUCUUGUACUCUUGUACCAGAUACUUCGCUAGCUUAUUUGAUGCCUCAGGUUGACCUUGUUGUUCUAGGAGCUGAAGCUGUGGUGGAAAGUGGUGGAAUAUUAAAUAUGCUUGGUUCUUCAUUGAUUGCAAUGACAGCCUCUACCUUUGGGAGACCAGUGUAUGUUCUUGCUGAAUCUUUCAAAUUUAUGCGAUGUUAUCCUCUUGAUCAACGUCAUAUACCAGAUGAAUUUAAGUGGUCCCGUAAUCUUGAAUAUGGAUCAUUGUCACCAUCACCUCUUUCUAACCUAAGGGAUGAGAAUAAUUUCUACUUAGAGGGUGACGAAGAUAAAUGUGAUUUUCCAGAAAUGAGAACAGCCUGGGCUGCAGUUGAAGCGCAGAGAGUUUCUGUCAUUGAACAAAAAAUGCCUCGUGUUGAUUACACAAGUCCAUGUUACAUCACGUAUUUAAUAACAGAUCUAGGUGUGCUGACACCUUCGGCUGUCAGUGAUGAAUUGAUUAAAUUGUACUUGUGAUAAUUUAGUUGUGAAUAUAUAUCGAUCCGCAUAUUUAAUAGUUCUUUCUCAAAUCAAAUGGUCUAAAUUUCUAGGCUCCAAUGUUUUACUGUGCUUUUAUUCCUUUUUUCAGUUUCUCAAUAUGAAUGCGUAUAUAUGUCUGUAUAUCCUAAUUAAUUUAUUCAAUGUUGACAAAUUGGCAACAGCAACAAACCUGGAAGAGAAUUUUCCGGACCCUACAUCACGGUUACUAGUUAUUUUAAUUGAUGGACUAAGAUGGGAUGUAGUAGCUCGCCAUUUAGAGGAAAAAAACAGUGAAUUCGGAUUCAAAAGAUUACAAAGAAACGGUGCAUACUUGGAACGUUUUGCUCCCGUGUUUCCUGCAGAAUGCUAUCCAAAUAUUUAUUCAUUGUUUACAGGUCGCCACCCAGUUGAUCAUGGAGUUGUUCUUCCCACAUCAUUUAAUCACCAUACAACUACCGAUGGUGAACCUAUUCGUUUGCAGGCCGAAGGUCUUUGGGAAACAGGAGCAAAACAAAAUAAAGGUGUGCAUCUGUAUCAUUUACCUACGUGUUCUGGUGAUUUAAAUGCUGGCGGUGAUAACAGUUGGUUUUGUGAACCCUAUAAUCCGAAUCUUAUGAAUCCUGUCGAUUUGAAUUUCACAAUACAAAGAGCUGUGAGUGGACUACGAAACGGAAGUGCAAAUUUAGCAGUGGUAUAUUACGAUGAAUUAGAUCGAAUUGGACACAGAUAUGGUCCAUUAUCUAAUGAAUUGGUUCAUAAACACUGGGUGUACUUGGAUCAUGUGAUGGAUCAUGCAUUGAAUAUCGUCGAGUCUAUUCCAAAUUUGAAUUUAAUUGUAACUUCCGACCAUGGUAUGGCACCAGUUUCACGUAAAGCCUAUGUUGAUCGUCUUUUCAAAGGAUCUGAGUUGAGUAGAGUGCUCAAUCGAGGAAGUACAAUGUGGUUGUGGCCUAAGCCCAAAUUUGAGGAACGUGUGUACAAUCGUUUGUUCAGUCAACAGAAUAAGGAUAACUUUAUUGUGUACAACUCGUCUACAAUUCCUGUACACUGGGAGGUUACCAGUGGUAGUAAAUUAUUCCCACCAAUUCUAUUAAUUGCUGCACCUAAUUACAUAUUUAAUUCAACUGUUUGGCCGUUGAAUAUGAGUCAUUACAAUUUACAUGAACCUAAAGGUAUGCAUGGUUAUGAUCCAGAAUUGCCUGAUAUGCAUAUCCCCUUGUUCAUCUAUGGUCCAAAAUCAAAUCCUGGAGUUCAACUGAACUACACCAAAGAAAUUCGUUCAAUUCAUAUACACAGUUUAAUGGCUCACUUAGCAUCAAUUCACUUGCCUGACUAUCAGUCACUCAAUUUCUUCAGAUCACUUUUACGGAAUUACGAAGAUGAACAGGCUUCAGUACUUAGUCACCUUUACUGGUUGAAUAAAUCAUCCUUUUCAUCCUUCUUGAAUAAAGAUCGUUUCAUACCGACAUUUUUGAUUAUUACUGCAGUGUUAGCCUGCUUCUUCAUAGUGAUUGUUAGUUUGAUGAUAUUACUAUAUAUGAGAUGUCGUAUGUCAAUGAUCACCGCACAAGUCGCCUGUCAGGAUGAAUUGAACAAAGAGUUAGUUAAAUCUGAGGUGCUUUCUGAUGCUUAAGCGCGUUUUUUGUUCUUAUCAUUGACUUUCCUAGUUAACAAAUGUUGAUUAUUAUCAACAAUACUUUCUGUGUUUACAAGACGUUGCAGUUGGGAGUGUUUCGCAUAUAUCUAGUUCAAUAUUUACUUGUGUAUGUGUGAAUUUGCCUAUUGUUUUUCCAGUUAUUCCAAUUUUACACCCCUUUAUAAUCAGCUGCACCGAAAACAAUCACCAAGGCUAUAUCUCAGGAGAAGUUAUUGUUUUCACCAUCAUCAUCAUCAUCGCUUGUAGACCAUUGUGUGGAAUAAUAUUUUGCUUCCAGCUGUUUAAUCUAAAUUGCUUCCUUCAAGAUAGUGCUUUACCUAGUUCAGAUUGAAAGAGUUACCCACUCCCCACCCAUUCCUAAAAACGGCCUUUUGUAGAAUACAUUUAUACAUUGUUUAGGAUGUUAAAUUAUAGAUAACUAUCACCAUGAUUGUAUUAACAAUAAUAAUGAUAAAAUUAUUAAUAUUCUCUUAUUGUUAUUUUAUAUACACAUGCAUAUAUAAUAUUCUCUAGUAUUCAGUAGUUCAGAUGAUAUGUCUUUAACAGCCUUACCAUUUUCUCUUCACCAUGUUGAUUAUCUGCUUCACUGGCAUAUCUUUUAAUUUUCCCCUGUCACCACUUCAAUAACACCUAGUCUUCUUUUGCCAUUUUUCCACUGAUGACAUUCACCUUUCUAAACAUCUGUAUCCGCGCCCCACACGUCUAUACAUAUUCGUUUGUUUUUCUUUUUCAAGAUUUCUCUUAUUGGUUUUUUUGUUAUUGACUGAAUGAUGAUUUCACACUAUGAUCUUACGUUUUGGUGAUGAUAAUACAAAGGCUUUUAGGGUAUGUGUGCGUUUGAAAUUGCUUACCUCUUUGCUUCUUUCUAUUGCUAUCUGUUUUUAUUGUACCAUAAUAGAGUACAAUAUAGAUGAAGAAUAAUGGUCCUUCAUUUUGGAGAA